UCUGUGUCUGCAACCGUCGGCUGCAUCUAACAGGCUUUUCUGCUUGAUUAUCUUCCUUCUACACUUGUCUCUGGGUUUCUAAAUAUUCCUGGUUGUAUUGACUGUCUAGCCAACUUACAAAGAAAGGUCAUGCGGAAAGUUCAACAGAAAUUUUACAUAAGCUGCUCACAAACCUUUUGCAAUCGCCUUAUUACACUCAUGACAGAGUGCCAUCUAUUCUUCUGGAAGCAUUCCGGGAUUCCAGAGAGUUGUAUAUUCCAGAUGAUUAUCGACGGAGUUGUUUAUCUUGUUUUGGGCCUCCUAUCUUCACAUAAGUUUGUAUUCCUCCUGUUCGUCGUUUCUCUGGGUGGACGAAUAAAGAGACCAUCAAGAUACAGAAAAUUAAGUGAAUUUAAAAGGAAGGGAACGAGGAAGAAGAGAAAAAAGAAGGAGAAUAAGAAAAAGAUAGUCGAUUAAUGGAGAACCAGUCUUCAUCAGCUGAGUGGAUUCUUUUGGUGACGAAGUUAGGGGAAAAUGACCAGUGAAUAAAUAUUACUACAUCGCUUUUGGUGCUACGGAUAACUAAAGAUGCGCUCACAGUUUUCUAGUGAACGAAAUUCAACCAACCAACUCUCACCUCUUAUUGCUUUUCAAAUUAAAAGUUUCAUUGAAGCUAUUCUACUCUUGUCUCAUUCUCUAUAAAUUGAAUGAAUUUUUAAAUAAUUAUAUUUGGGCUAAAAUAAAGUUUGUAGGCUACUAAAAUUCAAAAUGAAUAAGAAAUUCACCUCUGGUGAAGGUGGAUUGUUGGCUUUUUAAAGUAACACAUUUAUUAAUUUCAAUUCCAACAAAAUUUAAGUUCCUAACCUCGAAUACACUAUUCUAUAGAGAUAAACAACCAAUUAAAAUCGAUAAAAUCAGUGUCAUUCAGAAAAUCUAUCACCAAUCAAAAGUAUAAAAACAGAAACCUAUUUCAACUACCAGCAAAAUUCUACAAUUCCCUCUCUGACUAUGUUGAUCAAUGAGAAGAGAGCAGGCAUGGUUUAAAUUUGUAUCUUGUUUGUCAUCAGGUUUGUCAUGUUUGUUUGUCUAUAGAUCAUCAGGACAUGACCUAUAUGAUAAUAAAAUCAUAUUCUUCUUGAUAGAAGAAUACAAAAAAUGGGGCUUGGAGGUUAACACAGAAAAGACACAAUGCAUGCAGUUCGGAGGCACAGGACAGGAUAUUAAAACUGAAAAUGGAUUGAUUAGAAAUGUUAAGGAGUACAAGUACCUCGGCGUUGUUAUUAGUGAUGAUGGAAGGGAUAGAGUGGAUAUCAUGGGGAAGAUAAGGA